UACACAGUACGGUAAUUGUGUGACGGCCCAUUACACCCGAUCGGAAAAGGUGAUUUCUCCAGACCGGCAGAGACCGGAGCUAAGGAAGGGAAGCUUGUCCGCUUAUCCAAAUUUCAUCAUUCAAAUGUGACAGAACUUCAGUCAAUAAUUGACCUCCAUAAUUGACCCUAAACGAAAUUGUCGCUGAAACGACGAAUGCGAUGAAAUAUAGCGCUUGAUUUGGCUUCCCAAAUCAGGUGUGUUUGUAUCAAUCCAUGGCUCGACUGUCUGGUCUUCAGCGGGAGGUUCUGUCCCUGUACCGGAAAUGUCUGAGGGAAAUUCGGAAGAAGCCUUCUGAUUCAAGGGAGAACUUCAGGUCUUAUACUAGGAAGGAAUUUGAAAAGCACAGGACACUCAACAAGAAGGAUUUCAACGCCAUAGAAUACUUAUUACGCAAAGGGCACAGGCAGUUUGAGAUGUAUUCCUCGCCUGGAAUCCGCAACAUCCGAUAACAGCCGUUUGACCCAGUCCGCGCCAUGCCACAACCACUGGGGAACCCAAUCAGCGGAUGAAGAUGCCCAAUAUUCGUGAUAUCGACGAGGCGGAAUGGAUACUGUUUAGAUGAACGCAUGCACAUUCGUCUAGGAGGAGAGGAAGGCGAAACCUACACUGGUCAUGUGACCUUGAAUUCGAGAGCCCACGACGCGCUAUUCCAGAAGUAGUAAGUAGCUGCUUAUCAAAACCGCUUAUCAGUCCGCGGGACAUGGAAGGCUCCAGAGGCAUCUGGUCAGGUCCAGUUGCUUCCAUGGCUGAGUAUAUCAUCAUGUUCAAAUCUAUACACGACUAUCUUGCAUGGUCAGUUCCGCUCAUUGCUUUGAUAAGCUAGCAGAUUCCAGAAC